AUGAGUCUACAGUCGCCGUUGUUGUCGUACAAGAAACCACGCAAGGAUCGCACGCCUUCACUACCAUCCACGCCCAGAAUGAGCACUGCCAACUCGCCUAGUGCCCUGGUAUCGUCGUCAACCGCCAACUUGGUGGAAGGAGGAGAACAGUCGGGUAAAUUGCUGCCAAAAGCUGCAGCAACUAGCAGCAAGCGGGUCUCAAGUCGACGAAAAGCUCUCCAGGAGUAUUACCACUUGCAACAGCUGAAACAAAAAGAGGGGAAAGACGAAGGAAAAGCUCAAGAACAAGGAAAUGAACACGGACACGAACAUGGACAGACAAGUGAGAGUCAUGGCGCAGCGGGCCUGACCCAGAGUGAGACCAAAGGUGAAGCAAACCACCUCCGCAAUUCGUCAUCACUUAAAAGUGAAGAGGAUGUGGAAAAAUUCAUUGAAUCGGCGUCAAUGAAUGAAAUUCUACAACUACGCAAUUCCUUACUGGCUAAAUUAAAUGCUUCUAAUCAGCGUAGAAAGGAAAUCAUGUAUGAUAAUUAUCAUGAAUUGAUCAAAUUGAGCAAGACAUUGGGCAAAUUCAGUCAGUCGCAAAUCUCCGUUCCAGUUGACCCUGCCGUGGAGGGUUUGAAUGGGUUGAGGAUUUUCAAACCUGAUGCCGUCAAGCCAUCCUCGACGGUUGACUUUAAUUCAUAUUUGGAUAAAUGUAUUGAGGAGUUGAAGCAAUUCAACGAGUUGCUGGUUAAGAAGAUGACUGGGGACUUUGACUCUGUUUUGGAACGAAUCUCAAGUUGA